GAUUCCAAACGUUUCAUUCAACUUCACACCACCUCACUUUUUACCAUGUCUGCUCCAUCAUUCCUAUACUCUCAGUUGUUUGUUGGUCUUCCCCAGCCCGACCAUGAUUUCACUGGUCAAACAAUCGCCAUCACCGGCGCGAACACCGGCCUGGGUCUCGAAGCAGCUCGGCACCUUUUGAAGUUGAAUGCAUCCCAGAUUAUCCUUGGGGUGCGCAAUAUGGCCAAGGGAGAAGCGGCUAAGAAAGACCUAGAGCAGUUUGCUGGGCAAACCAGCCGAGUCGACGUGUUCGAACUUGAUAUGGAAAAUUAUCAAUCAGUCCAAUCAUUCGCCAUACAGCUUUCCACCUUGCCGCGUAUAGAUGUGGUCAUUCUCAAUGCGGGGAAAAUAGCGCAGGAAUUUUACAUUGCCGAGGAAGAUGAGAGCACAAUAACUGUCAACGUUGUGAGCACUAUUCUUUUGGCGCUUUUACUGCUCCCUAAAUUACGCGGCUCGGCUCAAACAGGAAAGCCAUCUCCACGGUUGGUGAUCGUGUCCUCCGAUCGCCAUGUGAUGACAAACUUGCCGGAAUGGAAAGCAUCUGAUACAUUUGAAGCUUUGCGAAGCAAGGGCUACUCUGGGCCAGAUGAUCGAUAUUACGCAUCCAAACUUCUUUCCGUCCUCUGCAUGAGACAGCUAGCAAAGGAAAUCACCUUGGCAAGUCCGAGGGUGGUUGUCAAUGGACUCACACCUGGCUAUUGUGUGACUAAUCUUGUCACCGCGGUAAAGGGAUUCUGGGGUUGGCAACUUUGGCUUAUGAAACAUUCCAUAGCUCGCACAGCGGAGCAAGGUUCUCGUACGUUGGUCCACGCGGCCACUUUGGGCUUUGAGAGCCACGGCAAAUAUCUGAAUGACUGCAAAAUCGAUGAUGGUGCACUUUCUGCUUUUGUCAGAAGUGAAGAGGGAGAACAAGCUCAGCAGAAGGUAUGGAAGGAAUUGCUGAUUAAAUUGGAUCGUAUAAUACCCGGAGUAUCGGACAAUCUUUCUUGA